AUGGGUAACGGAGGCGGAGAUGGGCAUCAUGGUGGGCAUGGUCCCCAUGUAGGACUUCUCUUUGGGCAUGGUCUCAAAGGACAUAGGGGUCAUGGGUUCCAUGGACAUGGACAUGGGCAUGAUGUGAGGCUUCCAUUAUUCCAUGGGCAUGGACUUUUCAAACAUGGUCAUCAUGGUCAUCCCAAAGGUCACGACCAUGGUCACAAAGGGAGGGAGGGCCAUGCGCAUGACUGGUGCGGAAGGCGCCACACCUGUAUGGAGCAACCGGAACCGGAGCAGCAACAGGAACAAGAAGUUGUGGCUGUGACGCCAACUCCAAUAACCGAGGAACUCGAUACUCUUGGACAUGAGAAUCAUGUGAGGGUUCUUCUAGUCCAUGGGCAUGGACUUUUCAAACAUGGUCAUCACGGUCAUUGCAAAGGUCAAGGUCAUGUUCACAAAGGGAGGAGGUGCCAUGGGCAAGGCCGGUUUGGGAGGCAUCAUACCUGUACAGAGCAAUCAGAACCGGAACAGGAGCAAGAGCAGCAACAGGAGCAGGAAGUCGUGGCUGCGACCCCAACUCUAAUAACCAAUCAUGGGCACAAAGGGAGGAGGUGCCAUGCGCAUGGUCGGUUCGGGAGGCGUUAUACCUGUGCAGAGCAACUGGAACCGGAACAGGAACAGGAGCAGCAACAAGAACAGGAAGUCGUGGCUGCAACACCAACUCCAAUAACCGAGCAACUCGAUACUCUCGCUCUGACAGCCGACUAG